UUUUAGAUCCUUCCCAGAGUUACACUUCAUGAGGGGGAGCCAGUGACAAACGCAAUCAGUAUAAUGAGUUUUUAAGCAAACAGGGGAAUCCUUUCAACACUGUGCACAUGUUGGGAUUGUUAAGGAGGUUAACAAGGUUGGUGAGAACCUGAACACACUGGCAAGAACAACAAUGUUGUCAAGGGACACAGUAAUAUUUGAGCAUUUGAAUGGAUGAGAGUGUAUGGUGUUUGACCCCGGCUAGAGUUAGAGUCUCUGGGACAUACAGGUUAUAAGACAGGCUGAGCGUGUGGAGAGUCAUCAUGACUGGUGUGACUGUGUGUUUUGGGACGGUGAACUCCAUCAAGUCUUUAUGGGAAACCAGGAUAAAGAAGAACAAGGAGGAACUGAAGCGAGAGAAAGAGCAGAGGGAGAGAGCAGCUGUGGGAAGGUUGACGGGGGCAUGGGAGGAUCGGAUCACCUUGGCCAAGUUAAAGGAAAAAAUUAUGACAGAGGAUGGGAGGGUCAUCCUACGCAUUGAAAACGAAGAAUGGAAGACUCUUCCUGCAGCUCUGGUCCAGCUCUCUCAGAUUCAGGAAUGGCAGCUUCACCGAACAGGACUUCAGAAGAUCCCACGCUUCAUCUCUAGCUUUCAGAGCCUUAUCGUUCUCGACCUGUCCCGCAACGCGAUCACGGAUAUUCCUAAAGAAAUUGGUAAACUGACCCAUUUACGAGAGCUACUUGUGAGUUACAACAGACUGAACUGUGUACCUGAGGAGUUGUGCAGCUGUGAGUCUUUGGAGCGACUGGAACUGGCAAUGAACCGGGAUCUGGAUGAGCUUCCACAACAGUUCAACAAUCUGAAGAAACUACACCACUUGGACCUUUCAAUGAAUCAAUUUACCACAAUUCCUGAGUGUGUAGUGAAUCUUCCUGCUCUCGAGUGGUUGGACAUGGGUGGGAACAGACUGGAGCGCUUACCAGACGACAUCCACAGGAUGGAGAAGUUACACACGCUGUGGCUCCAGAGAAAUGAGCUGGAGUAUCUGCCAGACAACAUCAGCCGCAUGCACAACCUGGACACACUGGUGCUCAGCAGGAACAAGCUGAGAGACAUUCCUCCACUGAUGGAGGACAUGACCAACCUCAGGUUUGUAAAUUUCAGAGACAACCCUCUGACGUACGAUGUGACUCUUCCCGACAUAAAAGAGGACGUGGCAGAAGAGGAGAACGAUAGAGAGAUGUUCGGCCGAGAAUUCAUGCACCAUUACAUCCAUGAAGCCCGCAAAAGAGAAUCCCAGAAUUAUACAUCAGUCCUAAAUGUGAUGCUGGACAGUAUGACAGAGGAAGUGGCAUGACUCAGUCCUGCAUGCUGGCUGCUACUGGUGCUGUUGCCUCCUGUCCUGGUGAAUCUGUCCUGUCCUGUCCCAUCUGUCCUGUAAAGGUGUUACUAGUCUAGGACUAGUGAGUGCCGUUUUGUUCUCUGGCGCUGACACUGUGUCCAAAAGCUCAAGUGACCUAAAAAGAGAAAACUAAAAAUGAGCUCAUCACUAUUCUUUGCUGCAUCUCCGUACGAGGAGUCUGUGCGUUCAGCUGGGAAGCGCAGUCAGUAGCACGUUCUCUAAAGACACGUCUCGGCUGGUGUAGUAUCUGAGGCUGGGUUUGAAGCCUCGCUGCUGGAGGUAAUGCAAUCUGCCGUGGUUGAUCAGCAUCUUGCACAGGCGUCCGACGUGCUCACGCUCCUCUGCUGAAAUAUCACUAAAGGGAAGAGAGAGAACACACUAACGCAGUUAUUACUGAGAUCACGAUGAACCCAGAACAUUCACCAUCUAACCAGCGCUGUGUAGAUUCAGCAGAAACCAUCCAAAUAUCUUAGUCUCUUCCUGUGUCUGUCUGUCCAUCCACGAAACAGUUUGACUUGGAUACAAUUUUGUUAAAAAUGGGAAUCAGUUUAAGGCAACAAAGAUGUUGGACCAGUCUAGAUCACCCUUUACACAUAAAUAUGAGAAAAGGAAAUAAAUAAAUUGGGAAAUAAAAUGCCUGGAGAGAAAAAGCACAGCUUUCUCGGUCUGUCAGUCUGUGUGUGUGUGUGUGUCCUCCUCUCUCCAUCGUUCUCUCUCACUUCCGUCCCUCAAUCUCUCUCUUCUUCCCCUGCUGGUCAUCUCUCUUCCAGCUUUCUUUCCAUCGCUCACCAUCCCAGACUCUCUUACUCCGUGUCUCCCCCCCCCCAUAUCUUGCCAUCUCUCACCCUCUCUCUGUAUUUCGUUACUCUCUCCAUCUUCCUGUCUCCCUUUGUCCAUCUCUCUCCCUCUGUCCAUCUCUCACCCUCCAUCUUCCCAUCUCCCUCUGUCCAUCUCGCUCCCCUUCCAAGUCUCUCCUGCUCGGUCUCUCUCCAUUUUUCUGUCUCCCUCUGUCCAUCUCUCUACCCCUCCAUGUCUCUCUCUCCCCCCCUUUGUUGUCUCUCCAUAUCUCUAUUUCUGUCACUCUCUCCAUCUUCCUGUCUCCCUCUGUCCAUCUCUCUACCCCUCCAUGUCUCUCUUUCCCCCUUUGUUGUCUCUCCAUAUCUCUCUCCAUCUCUAUUUCUGUCAAUCUCUCUCCAUUUUAUAGUCUCUCACUCCCUUCCUGUCUGUUUUCCUCCAUAAUCUCUUCAUGUCUUGCUUUCUCCGUCCAUCUCGUAGUCUCCCCCCCCCAUUCACCACAUCCCUAUCCAUCUCUCUCUCUCUCAGACACGAACACAAUAACGGCUUCAUCUGUUCCACUAAUCACUAAAUCCUCACUUGUUGAGAUGAUCAGGCAUGUUUUCAGAACUCUCUUCAUGUUCACCCUCUUCUCCGUCUUCGACAUUCUCUUGUGUGGAUUUCUCAGGAUUUAAGGAUGAUUUGACUCUGCUCAUGCCACAUGUAGCCCAACUGGACAUGCGCUGGAAAGCUGAAAACUCUGUUUCUCCAAGACCUCGCUCUCGGAAAAAGUCCUUUCCUACAUAAUGCCUCCACUCACAGCGAUGAUGGCAGCAGAGUGCAACUGUGAGCCCCAACACCACAACCUCCUCGCUGCUUUCAAUACUACGAGUCUGUUCCUCACCACCUUUUUCUUGCAGUUUUAUACGUUUAGUGGGAGGCUCACAGUCUUUGUCUUUUGCACUGCGCUCAAAUAAACAUCGCAGAGCCAAAUCUGUGAAGAACAGGCCAAAAAAGACUGGUUAUAACCUACAAGAAAACAGACAGAAGGUUAUAAUGAACCAGAAUUAACUCACCUGUUGCUGCACCACACAGGUGUUUGCCCACUGCGAUUACAGGAAGUUGCUUUUCUUGUAAAAAUGGCACUCUGCCUACAGGAGGUCAAAGGGCGUGAAAAGAUUAUUACACACAUGUACUGUAUAUCUCAAUUUCCUAGUUUAGGUGAAAAAUCAUCACUCACUUAAGUCGAGGUGCUGGAUGUCAACCUGCAGCCUGUCGAAUGUCGAGUCUGUGUUUUUAUGUUUGCCAUCUACCUUAACAAAUGAGAAAAUAAAAUGCAUUUUAGGAAGGAAGAACAGACAAAAAUGCAACCCAAGACCAUAAACAGCAAUAGUGUAUCAGUGAUUUUUAAUGUAACAUAAGAAUGAUGUGAAAUCUUAUGUUAUAUAAGGUUUAAAACUCCCUGUGUUGUGCUGUUUUAGGAAAAUAAUGAAAGGAAGGGUGGUGUAACGUAGCAUAGUUACUGUUACCACUCAAAGCUGAUUAUUUUUCCUAUAACAGAACACCACAAAGUGCUUUAUUACUUUUAUACUACAGUGAUGGUGUGACUGGGUUUUAGUGAAGGCAUGGCCUCUGUGACUGAAUUUGAAAGAACAAGGUGUGGCCUCUGUUAUUGUGUUUUAGUGAAGAAGUCAUGGCCUCUGACUUUUUUUGGAUUUUAAAGAAGGAGAAGUGGACUUACUGACUGGGUUUUAGAGUAGUGCUUGAAAAUGCAUACCUUAAAACGAGUACUGGACCUCUCUACUAACAGGAAGUGGACGUUCUCUGCUUCCUGAAGGGCAACGUGAAUCCAGUGGGAGAGUUUACCUUUUCCAGCACCAAACUCCACAUAACACCUCUCUGGCCCAAGCAGCUCCAGAUCCUCCAUAUUCCCCAGGAUCGAGGCCUGUUAAACACACAACUCAUGUUCAUGUACAGUUCAAAUUAUUAUUUUUUUUAUUUUUUAGCUGAGCAGUUGCUGACUAUUACCUGCUGCUUGAGGUGUUUAUAAGCAAAGUUCCCAUUCUUGGGAUCAUUAAGAGCAUCGUUUAAAGCCGGAUGUGAGAGAAGGCUAGUGUCAGGUUCUGUGUUUAAUCCUGAGAAAGUGCGGCAAAGGGAUAAUAAAGUGCUUUAACUCAA